AUGGCGACAGACUCGAUUUCUAUCCAGUACGGCUUCUCGGGCGACGACCAAGAAUGGGUCCCUCCCCCACGGGGAGUCAAGCUAUCUGACGAAGGCGUGUACAUGGCAUCCAAGACUAUGUCGGCAGUGGAGCGAGCAGACACCUUCGCAGUGGACAUCGAUAGGAACGGUCACGUCUGA